AUGAACAUGCGUACUAGUGCUAAUAUGUCAGAAUUUAGAGAACCUGUAAAAUUUUCAUCAAAAUCCCCUCCGCCUCAUGUGCACGUCGAAACUUGUUCGUUACUUCAAUUACUUUGUAAAUUUAAUGGAGGGUGUACACCAGAAUCACUUCACAGAGAAAUGCGCAAAAAAUACAACGAAAAUAUUCAAUUCCUUCAAACUCUCACUACUAUGACAAAUGAAGAUGUUGCCAUCAAUGGAAUUGGUCAAAAAACAUUUUCAGACAGCAAUAUGAAGCAGGGAAAGAAGGCUAUAGUAACAAAUCAUUUAAGACAUAUUCAGUUCGAAGUAUAUCCAAGUAAAUUGACGAAGUUGGGAGCUGAUCGUAUUUUUGCAUUAAGAGGAUAUUUACGCGUAACAAUCAGACAAUAUUUUUAUGUUCGACAUCACAUUGACCUUGUUUAUCCGCAGUUGCCUCUUGUUUGCGUUGUCGGAGGACGACAGCAUCAAUAUUUUUAUCCUUUGGAAUGUUUGGACGUUGUUGAAGUUAAAGAACAAAAAUGA